AUGCAAAAAGUUAAAGAAAUCUGGUGCCAACUUUUGGGAACGAAAGAUUUCGGGCCACAUGAUGAAUUCUUCGCUGUUGGUGGGCAUUCUCUAACGCUUGUGCUGCUACGGAACAAGAUUCGAGAGCAGUUCGGAUUCGAGCUUCAGUUCGAUCGCUUUUACAAACGACCAACAUUGCUGGCACUAAUAGAGGAUAUAUUGAUGGCGAAGAAGUAUGCAAACACGGCCGUUCUAGAGAAACAGUUUCGGAGAGUUUCUGGAUGCACUACUGAUCGGGAUCACCACACCCCAUUAUCGCCAAUGGACAGUGCAGCAACUGAUGAGCAACUCGUCGUAAAUUUUGUCAAACUCCGAGAGAACAGUGCUGCUACUGGCAACCUGUACAUGAUUCACGCAAUUGCUGGCACCAUUUACCCAUACUACGGAAUACUGGCCAGCAUACCUGAAAGUCUCAAUGUUUAUGCAAUUGAAUACGAUGUGCAAUAUCCAUCAACAAGUUUAAUGGCGUUAGCGUCCUUCUAUUGCAGACAUGGUUUAUGUAAUUUUAAUCCAUUUUACGAGGAAGGGAACAAGACGGAAAAUGAAGUACCAAAGUGUUUAAAAAGUUUUGUGGAAUGUGAAAAGGAAUCAAAGCAAAAACUUACACGAAGUACACAAGCUCCAUUCUUGGGUUUUUUUGACUGA